AUGGUCAAGACCUCCGUCCUCAACGAUGCGCUUAACGCCAUGAACAACGCCGAGAAGGCCGGCAAGCGCCAGGUCCUCAUCCGUCCUUCCUCCAAGGUCAUUGUCAAGUUCCUUGCUGUCAUGCAGAAGCACGGCUACAUUGGCGAGUUCGAGGAGGUCGAUGACCACCGCUCCGGCAAGAUUGUCAUCCAGCUUAACGGCCGUCUCAACAAGUGUGGUGUUAUCAACCCCCGCUACCCCGUCCAGCUCCGUGACCUCGAGAAGUGGGCUACCCAGCUCCUUCCCUCCCGUCAGUUCGGUUACGUUGUCUUGACCACCUCUGCCGGUAUCAUGGACCACGAGGAGGCUCGCCGCAAGCACGUUGCUGGAAAGCUCCUCGGCUUCUUCUACUAG